AUGUACUUCUUCCUUUGCCACCUGUCCUUCUCGGACUUGCUCUUCACCGUUGACAUCAUACCAAACAUGUUAUACGUGAUAUGGAAAAAUGGCGGAUCCAUUUCUUUCACUGCUUGCCUCACCCAGUUCCAUAUCUUCGGAGAAUCUACUUGCACCGAAUGUCUUCUUCUCGCGGUCAUGUCCUAUGAUCGAUAUCUGGCUAUUUGCAGACCAUUGCAUUACGCCUCGAUCAUGAAUGUCCGUCUUCAAUAUAAACUUGUGGCAUGGACUUGGGUUUUGGGAUUCAUAAUGACGCUCUGUGUCAUGAUUCAGAUGUAUAACCUACAGUUCUGCGGUAGUAAUAUCAUUGACCACUAUUUCUGCGACUUUGGACCUCUUCUGGACCAUUCAUGCUCAGACAUCUCUCUCGUUAGAAUGCAAGUCAACGUGUUUUCCUGUCUUUUAGUUGUGCCCCCAUUUUUCUUAAUUGUUGGAACAUAUUUUUAUAUUUUCCUUACCAUUCUGAAAAUGUCGUCCACAAAAGGCAGAGAGAAAGCCUUCUUCACCUGUAGCUCUCACCUUGCUGUUGUAUGCGCGUAUUAUGGGUCUUUGAGUGCCGUGUACCUGAGUUCAUCUAAAAGCCGUUGGUUCAACGCAAAUAAGUUUUUGUCUCUUCUGAACACUGUAGGCACUCCGUUGUUCAAUCCUAUAAUAUACAGCUUUAGAAAUGUGGACAUAAGGGCCGCUAUAUGGAAAGUAUUUUUCGCACAAAAACAGAAAGAUGUGUCCACCAAAGAACCUUAA